AUGGCUGUGGACGCAGCGAGGCUAGCUGUGGCGGCGGCGCUGGCGGCGGCGGCGCUGAGCCCGAGCGUCCACUACAUCAGGUCCGCCAAAGGAAACUUCUUCAUGGCUCCUGGGAAGACCAUUCCGGAUGCAGACGUGGCGCUGACCCUGCCGGCCUCCAGCACCUGCCACUGCAAGAGCAUGUGCUUCGUGCGACUCUCGUGCCUGGCCUGGUCCUUCGUCAACCUCACCGACGGGACCUCUGAGUGCAGGCUGGCCGACGCAGGCCCUUCGGCGCACCUGGUCGAGAACAACACGGACGCCGUCUAUUUCUUCUUGCAAGCUUCCGUGGAGGGUGAUUACCGCUUCGACGUGGACGGACUCCUGUACCUGAAACCGGCCGAGCUCACGACGUACGCGUCGGCCAAGGAGCGCUGCGAGAGAAUCCCCGGACACCGCCUCGGAAUUUACAAGACGACGCAGCAAUACCAGAUGCUGGGAGACUUCACAGCUACAACAGCGACUGCAGGCUCCUUGUACAUGGACCUUAAGAAGGUCGGCGACGACCUCAUUUGGGGCGACGGAACCAGUUACAAUGACACCGAGAUAGGAAAGGCCGUCGUCGUGAAACCCUUCAAAGCAGAUGCGAGAGACGUUAUGGUAUUCUGGGAGAAUCAACUGAGUGAUGCCUGGCCGGAUGAAAACAGGAAGUUUAUGUGUCAGGCGAACCCCAUCGGAGUCGUGUGGUAACUCUGGUGCGUGUGUGUGUGUGUAUGUGUGUGUGUGUGUGUGUGUGUGUGUGUGUGUGUGUGUGUGUGCGCGUGCGUGCUGAGUACGGUUGAAUGUGCAUGUUUGUGCGUGAUUGUGCUGUGGGCUGCUGGGUAUGAAGCGGAGGUCACACUAAUCUAUUCUGUCCUAGGAUCCCCAGAUAGGAUCGCCAGAGUCUGUCAGCUACAGAGAGGGAUUGAUCACACUACAAUCAGUGUUCCUUCGGAGAGAACCAUCGCCUCAGUUCAGCAUUCCUAAAAGUAAAGAAUGGCGCUUUCCAUCGAGGAUGCUUUUACGGCCUUCUUCAUGACGGAGUUCAUUGCUUAAAUCAUCCAUUAAUAUUCUUUUCAAAUUCCUGCUUUUAUAAACCUUAAGACUGGUGUUCCACAAGUGCUCUUUGGCGUUUACUCUAUCCAACAAGACGUAAAUAACUUCCGAAGAGAGCUCCAUAUUUUUUGGCGUGUAGGAGUGGGUUGAUGUUUAUGUUCGUUAGUCAAAUUAACGUUUAUCUGAAUUAUCUAUGAACAUUUAAUGAGACAUCAUUGUUCGAUACAAUAUUUCUUUGUGUUUAAUAAUUGUUUUUAUCAUGAUAUCUCAUCAUUCUUUAAAGAUCCUAAGUAAUCCAUUUACCAGUGAUUAUAUUAUAGUUUUUGUUUCAGCAAUACCUUUCAACUCUAGGCAGGGAUGGAAUACCGACGCAGCGAAUCCGUUUACAGCUAGGGAAGUAUCCAGCCCUGUAAAGGGAUCCCUGGACAGAAAAGAUUAAUGUGAACAGCCCUUAAGGAGGGGGAAGGGGUGAGUGGGCGUUUGUGUAGUUUGGGAAGUCGUGUUGCAAAUGCGUGUACAUCAGGUCUUAGACUUGAAAUGUUGAAGGUCUAUGCAGUACAUGUAUGUUGACUAGUGCUAUAUGUGUCUUGGGACGUAGGGCUGAAUGUACAGUCUCAUCUGCUUCCAGUUCCUCCACUCAGUGUUGCUAAUUUGUGAACCUGUAUCCAAAACAUAUGCUAAACUACUCCGUUUUCGGGCGUUGGCGACGCUGAAAUGAAGCACCUGGCACAGAGGCAUUACCCAACCGCGUGAACAAUUGCGUUUUCUUUCCUUGAACGUACAAAAAAAGGACCCAAGUCUAGCUUACUUGUUCCAUUUAUUAUUUACCUCCUUGAUCUCCUAGACAGAGGUUAUAUACAAAGCCACGUUCGUUCUUCUCCCCGACUCGGAUAUUGCUCGUGGAAUCCCCAGGACCCUCCCCCAGUGGGCGUGUGUGUGUAUGUAGGGA